UCGUCAGGCGGGCGUCGUCGCUGGCUGAUCAUUACGAGACGGUUUACAGAACUUGGGUCUUACGAAACAGUUGCAUUGCUCUGUCGGACUUCUGUUGGGUCACACUUCUUGUGGAUCACUUGAGUUUUUGCGAAGCAAAGAGUUGCAACUUCUUUAAGAUCGGGGAUGGCAUCAACUUACGGCCAGGUGUUGGCACCGGUCCUACCAUUUAUGGGAAAGCUUCCGGAAGCGAUGGAGCCGGGCUGCCGGAUCCGGAUCAAGGGUACGAUCAGUCGCCCGAAUGGUGAUUGUCGCAUUCAACUGCAGUCAAACGGAUCACUGGAACCUCUGGAGGACGUGGCUUUGAGUUUAAAUUUCCUGCCGGCGACCCGGGAACUGAUUCGAAACAACUAUUGCUCAGGUCGUUGGGAUCAGGAGGAACGUGCCGGAAGCUGUCCCAUUAAUUUUGAUGAAGAGUUUGACGUGGUGAUCGGCGCCGACUCCGGGGGGUUUGUGAUUGAGAUCGACGGCCAUCACUUUAGCAGCUUCAGGCAUCGGUGUGUGCUUCAGACGGCCAAGUUCAUAUUCAUUACCGGGGGUUGCACAAUUCGAUCCGUGGGCUAUGAAAACUGGAGUGUAAAACACGUGAAACAGAUCAGUGUUGUUCCAAGUGCACCUGUGAUCAGCACCGUUCAUCAACCGACGACGACGACGACGACGACACCGCCACUUGGGCCAACAACGAUUCCGUUUCAGUUUCCUGCAUGGCCGCACAGCCCUCACAUGUCAUAUUUCCCGCUUACAAAUGUUUCCGCCCAUCAUCAGCCGCUGCUGCAUCAUCCGGUGGCCACGGGUGGACAUCAUACCGGUCUCAAUCCGGCAGCUAUGAUUCUACAGCAUCCACUACUAAUGAAUUUUUCAACGGAAAUUGCGAAAAAUCUGCCCAACGAGGGCACGUCUACCCAGUACAAACUUUUGGUGAUGGUUCUUUGGAAAAUCAUCUGCAUCCUGUUCAAAGCGCUAAAGUACGUCAUCGUAGCACUUAUUGGUUGCCUGGGAAUCUACAUUCUAUCCAAGCGGCUACGAUUAUGAUUAGAUUACCAGCCGGAAUCUCCGAAAAAUCAUCACCCACUGUGCAUAUUUUUAUCCGCAGCUUGAAGCUUGGUGCAAGGAUUUACACAAACGGCCCCAGCAGAAUUCCAUUCCAUUUCGAAACUAAGGUAGGUAGUAAUAAAGGUAAAAAAAAAUGGUUAUCGUUAUGACAAAUUAUAAAUUCUAAGGAAGAUGCAAACAAAAUAAAUUCCACUGCUA